CAGGACGUACUGUACAGAAUACACCUAUUGCACGUGACGCGUCCGUUUAUCGUGGGAUCAGGGUAGUUUGAUAUCUAUACUGAUUUACCUGUAGUAAAGGUGACCAUCUGAAGGGGGAGCGAGAACACGGAUCUGGAAUGUCGGAUUUUUACAAUACUCUUAAAGGAUAAAUAGUCCGCAGUCAGGGAACCUAAUGCAACUCCUUCAGUCUUAGCGUUCUGUAAUAAGUGAAGCCCCUCCCCGGCUUAUGAACAGAGAUACUAAGUACUCAGGCAGUGGUUCUGGACAGUCAGGGUGCGCUCGGAGACUCUGCAAGGCCAGAAUGGCAACCAGUCUAGAUGACAUUCGCUCCCUUAGGUUUUGGCGCGCCGUGGGUGCGGAACUUUUGGGGACCCUCAUCCUGACCAUGGUUGGAUGCGGGUCCGUGGUAACUUGGGACGAUGAUGGAAAGUUGGUGCAAAUCGCUCUGUGUUUCGGACUCAGUGUGGCGACCGCCGUAUGGAUCAUUGGUCACGUGAGCGGGGGCCACAUCAACCCCGCGGUGACCGUCGGGUUCUUCGUCACCAGGAGCAUCAGUUUGGCGCGCGCCAUCUUCUACCUGCUGAGCCAGUGUAUUGGUGCCAUCAUUGGCGCCGCCAUUCUUUACGGGCUGACCCCCGCCAGCCACCGCCACAGGGGCUCCCUGGGGCUGACCAUGGUGAACCCUGAGCUGACGGGGGCCCAGGCCUUUGGAGUGGAGUUUUUCAUCACCCUGAUAUUGGUCCUGACGGUGUUUGCGUCCUGUGACAAGAAAAGGAAGGACUUGAACGGGUCGUUCCCGCUGUCUAUCGGUCUCUCUGUCACAAUGUGCCAUUUAUUUGCAAUCCAGUACACGGGCUCCAGCAUGAAUACUGCCAGGAGUUUUGGGCCCGCUGUCAUCAUGAAUUACUGGGAGUACCACUGGGUAUACUGGCUGGGACCACUGCUCGGGGGGCUGGUGGCCGGACUCCUCUAUGACAACGUGUUCGCCAUGAAUGCCUCACUCCUGAAGGCGCGGGGGUUCCUGCUGUCGAGUCAGUACGACAAUGAGAAGUUCCCGGCCAGCAAACCCAAGAUCCGGGUCAUUGUGGAGGAGGAGGAUGAGGAGGACAGAGAUCCACUCAGCAGCUCAUUCGACUCCCAGAGGGAUGAGCAUGCGCAGAAGUCAUCCGAAUCUCCAUAGCAACCAUUCUAUCAAACACUACUGCUAGAUUAGCUCAUAGCUUGAGAUAAGUCAAAUGUAUACAAUAUAUGUGCUUUUUCAAACGGUUGCAUAAAAAUGGAAUGCGUGAAAAAACUAUUUUACAUUUGUUUGAAAGAUAUUGAGUAUGCUAAAGGCAUUCAUUAAUCUUGCGUUUAAUUGUAAUGUUUUCAAAUGCAUGGGAUACUAUAUAUGUAAACUAUUAAAUAAACAAAAAUCUUGGUGUUUGGUA